UCUUUCUAAUGAACAUCAAAAUCUUACUAUUCAACUCAUUCAAUCUGUCUUCUUUAACAAGUUUAAGUUUAUUCAAUGUGCAGGAGGAGAUUGGAGGCGAUUCUUUUGGUAAGUUUGAGCGGUGUACAGACAAUGGAGAUAAUGGCAAGCCUGUUUAUGUGAAGUCAUAUCGCAUUGAAGAUGUUGGUUUAGGCGUUCCAAUCUCAUUAAUCUGCCAAAUUUCCCUCCUCAAACAGAUGGAUCAUCCAAGAAUUACUAGACUGCAGGAAGUUUUAAUCAGCAUCACUGCCAGUCGCGUGUAUCAAGUUUUUGAGUAUGCAGGUCCUAAUCUAAAAGAUUUCUUGAAAAAUUCUCAAGAGACUGCCGGGAAUCGACAAUUAACAAAAAGCUUUAUGCAUCAGAUUCUCACUGGAAUCUAUUAUUAUCACUCGAACAAUUUUGUCCACGGAUUCUUAACUCCUUACCAACUGCUGAUAGAUAUUAAAAACAAUAGAUUGAAAGUGGCUCAUGUUGGAAUGGCUGUUACUCCCUCUUUCAAGGCACCUGAAAUUAUGCUUGGUUUCAAAAACUACUCUUUCCCUGCUGAUGUAUGGUCCAUCGGUUGCAUAUUUGCUGAGAUGGUCCUCCUCAAGCCUCUAUUUGGCAGUGCUGAUGAAUUUCAUGAAAGAGGCAGGAUAUUCAGCUUUAUGGGUACACCGAAUGAAGAAACCAUGCCUGGAGUGACUGCAGCAUAUGAAUAUCUCCAUUGUUUUACGAAACAUGAACCUAAGGAUCUUUCACCAAUUUUCCGCGACCACCUUGAGCCAGCUGGUUUUGAUCUUCUUAUGUACAUGUGAAUUUUCAUUUCAAUGGCAUCUUAUUGAAAGAGGAUUACCAGGUUUUUACUAACAUCAAAUACACCAAUAAAGACUAACCUGACCCUACAAUUGCAGGGCAAUUACACUUAUCCCUGGAGGUGGCUCAAAUGGUUUGUUUGAUGGGUACAAUCCAAACACUUAUCUAAUGACUAGACAACAUUGGUCCAACAACACCAACAAGGAUGCAAAGUCCCCAACUAGCAACUAAUGUGAGGUCUCAUGCCUCGCGUAAUACUCAUAGGUGCAUAAUAAGCUUACUUUUGUCUUUUUAUUAAUAUAUGAGUUAAUUUUGAUGUUGAUGAAUGUGAAAAUCAGCUAUGUUAAAGAAUAUGAAAUUAAGGUUGUUGAAUGAUUUUGCAUGAAAGGCGAAUGUUUGUUCA